GCCAAUAUUUGUGAAGCCUUCUAGCGGUGAACAUGGGGUCUCGGUGUACCCCGGUUCUUGAUUGUGUGCACCGUACUUUUAAGCCCUCAUUUAGUCAUUAGACUGUACGCGAUCAAUUCAUCGCUUGCACUGUUGCACACACAUGACCAGGCCCUUUCCCUGUCAAGUGUCGGGAUAAUGGCCCAGGCACUUCCCCUGCCGGGGUGUAUCUAUAUGUCUACGAUUUUCACAGUGCACCCCCUCGGACUCAGCAUAUCCCAGCACAUGCACUAUCAGGUCAUCUCCGAUUUGUCUACCGAUCUAGUACUUCCCAAUGGCCUGGGUGUGGUGUAUUGGAGUGAGGGCGACUGUGUCUCUGACGACGAUGUGAAAGAAGCGCUUGCUCCAUUUAAGAAUGGUCUAGCCAGAGGGUUAUUUAUGUUCGAAAGUACGCCCGUUAGCAACGUGUAUUUCAACAACGUCCGCAACAUCGUCUGCAAGGAGUUCACAAAUGUGCAGGUCCUGAGAGUGAACGACACUCUGCAAGCACGCCAGCUGCUGCACGCUUUGUCUACUUCUGAACCAAAUAGCGGCAAUAACUACAUAUAUUGACCAUGAUGGGAAAUCGGCGCUUGCCAAUGAGGGAGGUGAUUGUCAUGAUUCGAAUGAUAAUGCAUGUGGAAGGUAAUGAUGUUUGUCCUUACAAUGCCCCAAAAUGUUUAAGGCAAGUAAAUGCUUCGAAUCGCGCAG